GUUUCGCCCUUCUGAACUCUUCCUACAGCACUAAACAAUCACCGCGCUACUCUGACUGCGUAGAAUCAUGCGCGCUUGAUCCUCAGUGCAUGAGUUUUAAUUUCUGGUGGGAUAAGAAAAUGUGUGAUUUGAACGGUAAAGCUAGGGAACAUAGUUGUUUGGCCUGCUUUGUGACCGAUAAGUCAUCCACUUACAUGGGAAUGGCGAGGUAUCCAGGCUACCCAGCGUUAGCGAGGUCCUGUAGCGCCUUGAAACAGGUAGACCCCUCAGCACAAACUGGCUUGUACGUGAUUGACCCUGAUGGCGAAGGAGGCUUCCCGCCUUUACUUAACGUCACCUGUGACAUGGGUGACAAGAAUGGAGUUGGCGUGACAGUCGUCAGUCACGACAGUGAAAGCAGAAUGCUAGUGAAAGGAUGUAAUGGCCCAGGAUGUCAUUCGCGUGACAUUCAAUACAUAGGAGCGAGUCUGUCCCAGCUGGUGAGUCUAACUAGAGUCUCCUUACAUUGUGAACAGUUUAUCAAGUACGAGUGCCAAUAUUCGUCCAUCGUAUGGGAAAACAGAACAUUCGCAUGGUGGGUAUCACGCGAUGACAUCAAGAUGAAUUACUGGGGAGGAGCCUCGCCUGGAAGAGGAGACCAAAUCUGCGCAUGCGGAAUGAACAACACGUGUUCAAAACCCAACACUGUUUGUAACUGUGACAAAAAUGACGGUGUUUUACGAGAAGACAGCGGACUCCUCACAGACAAGACAAGUCUUCCGGUUAAACAGCUGAGGUUUGGGGAUACUGGAGAGGAAAACGAGAGAGGCUUCCAUACAUUAGGAAAGUUUAAGUGCUAUGGCAUGACUUAGACGCUUUCUAAUUUAAUCUACACGAUAAUCAGUUCUGAUAUAUGGUAGACUCGAAUUCCGCGCAAUCGCGCAAAUACUAUGCAGUUUAAUUUACCCUGCACCGCACUACCAAAAAGGGUCUCCACAGUCCAUAAAUUGUCGUUUAAUGUUGUAACGUACAUCAAGUAUGUACACCGGUACAUACUUGAAAGUUUAACUAAAAAGUCAAAUGUGCUAGUAUAAGGUACUACUAUAAGUCCGGCUAAAAAUUCAAAUUAUAAAGAAAGUCAUGAACAAAAAUGAUUGAAAACCGUGGCGCUACAGGUCGUUAUUAAAACGAUAGAGUCACUGUUCACGGACAUAAAUAUAUGUUGGGCCUAACUCAGAGUCUUUAUUUUAGCCCGAGGCACUUGAUGAGGCCUAGGGUCAAAAUGACUCUGGGAGGGCCAAACAUAUUCACACCCAAGAAUAUACAUUAUUACUGUUAUUAACACUUUGGAGGGAAUUUGUUAGAAUCAGUAAAAAACUGAAGAAUUUUUAAAAAAUAAUAUUCAAGCGAGCGUUUAAGCGGGCUAAACAACCUUUUUUUAUCCUGCUAAUGUAUCAAUUUUAGCCAGCAAAAUGCGCCACAGUGCGCGACGAAGUGACCAUAUAUAAUGAGUUCUCAUGGAACUUGAUGCAAACUCGGAACAUGCACUUAAGUGAGCGAUGAGUUGAAGUGGGAUGUUGGAACCAACUCAUGUAAUGACUUUGCAGUAAAUGAGCUUGUUCAACGCGGAAAUCAUUAAUUAUUAAUCAUUAAUUUCUUUGAGACUCUUUCAAAU